AUGACGGCCUUCGUGACGUGGGGUUACAACUUUGCUCCCAGUGUCCCGUCGCCAGCCGCUGAGGCGAAGAAAACAGAGCCCGAGAAGACAUCGGCGAAGCGAGUGCCUUUCAAAUUCCACAUACCAGGAUGGAUAUAUCCUACAGUCAAGUACAUCCUCGUCUUCGGCGUUGUAGGCCUCUGUAUCACUGGGAUCGUUUUUGUGACCGACUUCUUCGAGGUGAAAAAGGGUCACGAGGGUUUCAUACCUCGCCCGGAUCACUUGAUCCACGGCCUUCUGGUCUACGACUCCGGUAACAACGACCACCAUGGCGUCUUCGAGCCGGAAGAAUGGUGUGGGAAGCAUCCGGGGGACUGUCGUUGGGCCGAACCGCGGGUGUGUAUCUCGUCGUUGUUCGACACUCGCGGCAGGUGA